AUGUGUUUGAAGCAGGCCAUAGACAAUAGGAUCCUAACCAAAGAAGGAGCAAAUCACAAAGUGCCUGAAAGACUUCCUAAGAAGAAUAUCAGAGAGAAACGAGAGAGGGCACACCAAGAACCUAUAGGAGGAGACGUUGUAGGAGAUCUUCUGGAUUGGAUAAAUUCUCUUGUAGGUGUAGUGGCUUGGGCAGUGAGCGCCGACAGUGCUUUCCACGGGCCAGUAGUCAGUGACCUUCGUCGGUCAGAUCGAAUGAUACAAAGGCACGAGGAAGAUAUAUUUGAAACUCUGGAAAAUCGCCAUCAUUUGGACUAUGCUAAUCAUCCUUCUUCACCCGGCUCUGAGUCAUCUCUGCAAGACCUAUCCCGCCUGGACGACUUGCAGAGCAUCCAAAAUCAGCACAAGUUUGACGAUGUUCCCGGAAAGGAUCCACUGUACAUAGUACACUUCGUGCCAUCGCCUAAACCCAAAAUAACCGAAUCUAGUACCCAGGAUCCGAACGUUGCUUCUACAGUAUCGAAUGAAAUACUGCAGAAGAUAUUAUCUGCAAGCAAGGGAGCUAAACCUGGUACGCCGCAGUUUGUGGUGUUCGCUCCAGUUCCUAGUGAAGAAGAUGUGAAAUCAAAACCAGAUGGCCUGUCGGAGAUGAAAAUUCCAGGUUUGAACUAUUUUCCCAAACCGCCCACAACCAACGGAGAAUUAGAUUACGAAUACGAAGAAGAGCUAAGAAAGUACCAAGAACUACUUGCCAAAGAUGACUUAGAUAUAAAAGACCAAACCAGUGUUACGAAAUAUGUUGGUGACAAUGAUGGCAACAAUGGGAGGACAACAAGAAAAGAAUCCAUACACGUCACACAACAAAAUUUUUCCGCAGGAAAUUUCUUUCACAACUUUCAACAGCAACCGAUGCAUUCGAGCCCCAGCGAAAGUGUGGUAAAUAGUUUCCAAUCUCAAUUUACCCAAUCCCCACCACAGGCUUCUCAAAGCUUACAGCAGAACUACAAUCAACAUAUUCCACAAGGCCAUCAUUCUCAACAUGCCCAGAAUCAGCAACAGUUUCAUCAAAACUAUUUUCAACAUCAGGCAGCUCAUCAGCAAGCCGCUAGUAGUCCGAUACACAUCAAUUCCGGCCUUCCAGCAAAACAACCAAUCGCGACUGACAGAGCUGGUGCGUUAGAACCUUUUGGAAUAAAAUUAAGCAUAGGAAAUGGUGGUGGCGGUGGUGGUGGCUAUGGUAAACAAUUAUUAGGAGGAAACUACAGUCCAUUAGGCAUCAUAGGAUCUAUUGUAGCUAACCUUUUGCCAAGACCCCGUCUUAACUUAAAUGGAAAAGUCAUGUUUGGUGUUGUUCUAGAAAAAGGUGUUGCUUUAGGAAAAAAUGGCCAGCAUAAAUGA